CGCAGAACUAAGAUUUGAUCCUGGGUUGUGCAUACUACGGAGUAAGGUAGUUAUAGUUCGGCUCCUUCGAAUCCCGAUCAACCGAAAAGAUUUCUCCGACGCAGAUUGCGAACAAGCAACAAACAUUCCCACCAGAGUACUCCGUAAAGCUCUCUCACAAGCCAUGUCAAUAUCUCCCGCUUGGACCACAGCGGCUGCUGGACCCCAGAUAAACGUCCCCCGGCGCUUCCUGUUCAUUGCCUCCAUCGGAAAUCGAAAACCGCAUUUCUAUCGCCAGACCCGCCACAGCGCCGGCCACAUUCUUCUCGAUGCGCUUCUCCCGCUCCUGCGCGCUCGCGUCCCCCACACCGCUCCGGGGUCGCAGCCGCUUUUCUACGAGACCUUCGAGUCACCCGCCAUGAUGAAUGAGUCCGGCCGCAAAGUCGUUCCGGCUUUCGGCAAAUGGAUGAAUAAUACCAGGAGCUGUGUAGCUGAUUCAAAGUCCAAAUUCUCGAUAUUCCCCGAAUAUUGGCCCACCGGCCUGGACGAUCCAGAAUGGCAACGCAGGGGCACCGACCCUAGCAACGUGCGCGAGUUUAAGCCGACACUUGUGAUCCUUCACGAUGAACUGGAGGCCCCGCUGGGCAAGGUGAAAGUCCGACGUGGUGGGCCGAAUGAGGCCAGCCUGCGAGGUCAUAACGGCCUUCAGAAUAUCUUCGACGUCCUGCGCUGGAAGAAAUACUAUCCGAUCAAGUCGGCAAGCAGUCCGAGGGUGAUGCGCGUCGGAGUGGGGAUAGGUCGGCCUAAGGAAAGAACUUCUGAGGCUGUCUCCAAUUAUGUCCUCGGGAAGAUGAGCCAGAUGGAGCUGGAUGCCAUUGCUGCUGCUGCAGGUCCUGUCAUGGAUCUCCUGGCCGACGAAUUUUACCGGGCGGACGACGAGCUCAAGUGAGCCGCGAACGGCUAGAAAAGAUAAUAGCGGCGAGAACGAGAAAUCAAGACUCAUGCUGAGGUCAUGAAACUAGCCGCGUGCUCUACAGCUACCCAUGUGAUGCAAUUUAAGGUCCUAAUAUGUAAGGAAACCAGAGUGUAAUUAGAUCAUACACAAUGGGCCGUCUAGCUAAGAGGCUGGAAGCGUGAACUAGUACUCCUCCUUUCCAAAGACCUUCGCCUUAUGCAACCAGCAAAUCAAGUAUUAAAGAGAAUCAUCGAGGAAGGAAUGAUGGCCCACGGGAGUAAAUGAUGAUAGCGACGGCGCAGUUCGCGGAGGAAAGCAAAUAGUGGAAAACGCCGCCCCUCUUCAGCGAAGAUGGAAAGAAGAAAA